GGUUGAACAAAGUGGAGAAAACCAUUGACCUCAUUCUCUGCCAAGGUGAUUGUGGGCAAAGAAAAAACAAAAAGAAAAUCAACAAAGAGAAGAAAUCAGUUAAAACUGCUAUGAACUCCCUGAAUUCCACCUUCUAUCUAAAUACAACUUUUGUGCGUCCCCCGUUUUUUUUUUCAUCAAUGGUUUGUUCCUGUGCUGUAAAUAUGCAACCAGGCUGAACAAACUGGAGAAGCCUUUUACCUCAUUUUCUGCUAAGGUGACUGUGGGCAAAGAAAAACAAAAGGCAAGCCACAAAGAGAAGAAAUCAAAAACAUCUGCUAUGAACUCCCUGAAUUCCACCCUCUCUCUAAAUACAACUUUUGUGCGUCCCCCGUUUUUUUUCAUCACCGGUUUUCAUAACAUGCCCCAUGCCAAAUACUACUAUGUUUUCCUGUUCUUUGUUUUUGUGGUCACUGUGUUGGGGAACUCCUUCGUCAUGUUUAUUAUAUACACAGAGCGCAGCUUUCACACCCCAAAGUAUAUGGCCAUUAUUAAUUUGGCUGUAGCUGACUUGGGUGAAAGCACUGCUCUUAUUCCAAAUGUAAUUUCAGUGUUUCUUUAUGAUUCACACUACAUCUACUUUGACACUUGCUUGGCAAACAUGUUUUUUGUGUUUUUCUUUACCAGUUUGCAGUCUUUCACUCUUACCAUUCUGGCCUAUGAUAGAUUUGUGGCAAUAUGCUUGCCACUGAGAUACCAUGCCAUCAUCACAAUGCAAGCGAUGGCUGUGAUAUUAACAGGGGUAUGGGCAUAUAAUUCAGUUUUACUGAUUCUAAUGGUGAGUUUAGUUACCAGGCUGUCUUUUUGUAAAUCCAUCGUUAUAAACAACUACUUCUGUGGUCAUGGAGAAGUACGUAAAUUGGCUUGCAAUGACAAUCUCGUAAAUUCUAUCGUGGGAAAACUUAAUAUGGUAUUGCUCCUUUAUUUACCUUUGAUUCUGACUUUACUGUCAUAUGUGUUUAUUGCUGACGUACUGUUUAAAAUGGCCUCAUGGGAAGGGCGACUUAAAGCCAUUAAGACUUGUUCCGCACACCUAAUGCUGGUGGCUGUAUAUUAUCUUCCAUUAAUGGCCACCUACCUUGCUGAAAUUGCUUUUACCAUUCAUCCUAAUGCCAGGUUCAUGAAUACAUCAUUUGCAAAGGCCAUUACCCCCAUGCUAAACCCAAUCAUUUAUGUGCUGAACACUGAAGAGGUAAAGGAAUUCUCAAAAAAUAUUUUCAAAAGAAAAAAAAUAAUAAUAACCUGAACACAAAUAUUACGGUAGGCAGUGGCAGAGGUUAGCAAUUCCUUAACCUCUGUUGAACACAAAAGCAUGUGUAUCUUUAUUUGAUGACUUGGGGGUUUUUCCUUUGAUCCUUCGGUAUAUAAGGGGAAAAUUUUACUGGUUCGGGGAGACUUGUCAAUAUGACCUCCCGCACACCAUUUACAAAUAGUCAUCUCACUACACACACCAUUGUAUAUUUCCAUUAUUUAACACACUGUACAAUAAACUGCAUUCACUUCAACCUUGCAUUUCUUUUUGAGUGUUGCUGCUGCAGGCCUAUCAGUUUCGGGGUGCUAACAUAAACACAGAACUCAGGAUAUCUGCACUGCAUAGUUACUCACUUAUACACCAGCGCUAUAGAGGGUAUGCACAUGACGUCAC